AUGGAAAAUACGGACAGCGACAAGCCCAGGCCGGUUGCGCCACCUGAGCCCAUAUCACCCGCGCUCUCUUCUGGUGCUCCCAAGCCGUCAACUUCUGGAGCUGCAUCACCAGCUCGUGUUCCAACGCCAGACUCUGCCCUCGUCAUAAAGGUUAAGAGCCCUCUGGUUGAGAGCGCGCCUGUUAACGUUGCAACAACUGGUAUAUCUGCUGCCCCAGCGCCCAGAGCCGCAUCACCACCAGCAGCCAUGCCGCCAUCACCAUUACCAAAGGCUUCAACUCCAGCUCCAGUUACUAAGGAUCGCGCUCCAUCACCGGCGAACGCGCAUUCACCUAGUACUGCUAAUGCGCUGGCCAAUGAAUCACAUCUAACUCACCCUCACAGACAGACCAACGGUCGCAAGAUUUCCAUCGGCGACGCAGAUGUUGAAAGCGAGCUAAGUGAGCCGGCGAGCACUGUACAUUCUCCGUCAGGGGUCGACUUCAACGAACUCGAGGACGAGAUAGUAGUGGGCGCUCGCACUAACGGUAUUCGCAAGUCGUCACCUCUUCGGCCAGCAUCUGAAGCCGAUGACGAGAUUAUAGGAGAUGCUGAGGAUGAGCCCGUGGCUUCCCACUAUCCAAAGAGAAAACGCAACUCUAUUUUCCAUGACCUGAGUGAAAGGAAAAUGGAGCCGGUGAGGUCUCUCGCUGACGAACGACAACCACAAGCAACUACAACGAAGAGCAAGCCUCCACGUUUAAGCACCGGAAGUGUCAAAGGCGUCACCAUAGGAUAUUGGAGAGACUCAGAGGCUCCUACAGUGGAUCUUAAACAUGCCGUCAUUGGUUUCAUCGAUGUUCGCGAGCGAUUACGGACCCGUAUCCAGCCCACCACAUUAUCUGGAGAAACGAUAUCAGAUGAAUACCCCUUGCCACCAGGACCUGGCGGAAGUUGGGUAACCUUCGACAAGAUUGUGUUUUUGGAUCAUCUUGUGGGCUUAGACCAGCUACAGGUGAAGGAGUAUGUCAAGAUCCGCGCCGAAGCAAUUGGGACAGACGAGCUUGAGGGAGAGAGAGUUGCUGCUGAGAAGGCUGCCGUCAAAGAAGCAGUCCGUCGGGCCAAUCUCAACUCCACUGCCGAGCACGGCACAAAUCUACCUCAGGUUGCUUAUGGAGUUGAUCUUCCCGAACACUUGCAACAGAAUCGCGAUGCCAAAAGGAGGAGGACGAGCGGAGGGUUUGCGCCAGCCAAUCCUCCUCCCUCAAAUGGCCCUGUCAUUGAACACACUCCCAUUCAGCCAGCCCCCGGUGGCCCGCAACCUUUGCGACAUACCGUCGAUCCCCUGCCCGGCACCAGACCUACUCGAAUUCUUAUUGGGCAUUGGGCAAAGUCCAACUCGCCGGAUCCUCGUGAUCGCCAUGCAGUAUACGGAAUCUUGGGACAAAAUGAUAUGUUCCGCGUUAAGCUGGUACGGGAGACGCGCGAUGGACGUUUCGUGGAAGGAAACUUCCCCGCUGGGGCUGGCGCACUCUGGAUCGCAUACGAGGAAGUUGCAUUUGAGCCGCACUUGAAAAACCUAGCACGGAACGAGAUCAAGGAAUAUUGCCGUGUUCGACAGUAUCAGAUAGACAUGGGAGAGAAAGAAGGGGAGCGAACCUCAAACGAGACCAAAGCUGUUUAUGAAGCACAGGCAAGGGCCGCGGGGACGAAUUACAAGGCGCCUGCUCCCUUGUCUAUUGCACCCGCUCUACCCCGUCUUCCAGGCGAUUAUGGCGAAGAAUCUGAUCAGACAGGGCGAAUGGGAUAUGGAGGCCAUGAGUUGCGUCAGAGUCGCCGUGUCGAGGCCGCCAGAGCCGAAGCACGCCAGUCAUACAUAGAUAUUGACACUCCUCCUCAACCUGCGCCAGCUCCUCGCCAAACCACAGGCAGGACAUCGUUGAACAACAAUGCGAUCGAAAGAACAUCGGCUCUAGCGGAGCGUGAGAUCGCACGCGUCGAGCUCGCUCAGGAACGCGCUCAUCUGCAAGCAGCGAACCGUGAACGUGCAGCAGCCGCAGCCGCUCAGGCAGCCCAAGCCGCUGCCGCGAAUAUCCCUGGCGUGGCCGUUAACGGGCGGCAACAAUUACACGAGCGGGACGAAAUGCAACGCCUCAAUAAAGUCUGGGCGCGCCAGGAAAGCCUCCGACUAAGAACGAAUGCCGAAGAUGCAAAGAUGUACGCCGGGGUGAAGUAUGAACGCAAGACGCAAGGCCCAUUUACUGGGAAACUCGUUUCACAAGGCACCAUUAUCAAUAUCGACGGCGAGGACUACAUUGAGUACCGUGUCCUCGCCAAGCCGUCGUUCUUCUAG